AUGAUCGUGUCCAACGUGAGCUUCAGCGGCUGCACGAGGGCCAAUAGCGCGCUGUGUACUGGUGCUGCAGACAGGCACCUGGAACACAAUUUAUCCCGCACCACUCUCAGCCCGACCGGGAACCUGAUAGUCUCAGUGUGUUUGGGCUUUAUUGGCAGCUUCGGAUUCCUCAACAACCUCCUGGUUCUCGUCCUCUUCUGCCGUUACAAGGUGCUGCGCUCGCCUAUCAACUUGCUACUGAUUAACAUUUCAUUCAGUGAUCUGCUGGUGUGUGUGGUGGGAACUCCGUUCAGUUUCGCGGCAAGUACACAGGGAAGAUGGCUCAUAGGAGAAAGUGGGUGUGUAUGGUACGGCUUUGCCAAUUCACUAUUAGGCAUCGUGUCCCUCAUCUCCCUGGCCGUGCUCUCCUACGAGCGUUACACUACCAUGAUGGGUCCAACCGAGGCCGACUCCACCAACUACCGGAAGGUAGCCUUGGGCAUCGCUUUCUCCUGGGUCUACUCACUGAUGUGGACCCUGCCGCCGCUCUUCGGCUGGAGCCGCUACGGCCCCGAGGGGCCCGGCACCACCUGUUCAGUGGACUGGAUGGCCAAGAGCGCCAACAAUAUCUCGUACAUCAUCUCGCUCUUUGUUUUCUGCCUCAUCGUCCCCUUCCUGGUCAUAGUCUACUGCUACGCUAAACUGAUGCAUGCAAUCAAACAGGUUACCGCCAUCAACACAGCUAUGAGCAGGAAGAGGGAGCAGCGUGUUCUCGUCAUGGUGGUAGUCAUGGUGAUGGUGUACCUGAUGUGCUGGUUGCCGUAUGGGGUCAUGGCCUUGCUGGCCACCUUCGGACGCCCUGGCCUGGUCACCCCCGAGGCCAGCAUCGUCCCCGCGAUCAUGGCCAAGACCAGCACGGUCUUCAACCCUGUUAUCUAUAUCUUCAUGAACAAGCAGUUCCACAGGUGUUUCCGAGCGCUGCUGAGGUGCCAAGAGCCUCAGCGGGGUUCCAGCCUCAGGAACUCCUCCAAGGCACUGCCCAAAGCCACCCGAGGCAGUGCCCGCAAAACCAACCAACACAACUUAACUUUCAUGGUUACCUCCCUUGGGCAGCCCACCAGCGACGUCCCCCAGCUGGGGAAUGCAACCCUGGACUCAGCCGCCCCUGCUUACUCUGACAUGGUCAGGCCCACCAUUGUGUCACUAGUGGCCCACUACAACGGCGUUCUGGGGCGAACAGGGGUUACAACCCCUAGGAACCAAUUACAGGGAGGGGAGGAGAAUCCAGAGGAGUCAUCAAAGUGGAUUUAGUGCUGUCAGUAUGAUGGACAGCAGGCUAUAAAAUCUGAAUGCCUCCGGACUCUUUGGAAGGGGAGCCGCAGGAGCUGCUAGUGCAUCUUGAGGGAGGACAUCAAUCUGUCUGGGUCUGCACAAGCUUAUACAUUCUGUCGCCGUUUACUAGCUCAAAUACGCCUAUGGACCGAGAGUGGGGAGAGAAUGGUGCGAAGAACCCCAAUUUAUUUUGUGCAAUUUGUAAUGUUUUGUAAAAUAUAUUAGUUCCAUGACAUGUCGAUGUGAUUUCACCCCCUGUCAGUGUACCUUUAUAGUGCAAAAAAACAGAGAGAGAUGAAGAGUGUAUUUUUGUACUGAGCGGAGAUUGGAGUCACAGAUUGAGGGAACUCAAGUAUUGUAUUUCAAGUAUUUUCAGGAGACAUGUUUCAAAGGUGUGAAGAUGACAAAGUGCUCAGAAAAAAAAACGAAAAAAAACCCACAAAAGGUAACGAGGAAAUUGAACUGUUAAUGAAUUCUGAGCAUUGAUCAAUUGCUGUAUUACAUUUUCUAUCAAAUAUUUUAAAUUGGUUUCAUCACUCGACACUUAAAACGUAUUCAACUGUAUCUAGUCACACGUUACUUGUUGUAUAUCAUUUGUCAUAAACAUAGGUAGCAUGUCUGAUAUGUAUAUUUCUUCAUUUUAUGUAAAUAUGCAAAAAAGUACAUAAAACGACUUAAAACGUAUCACCAGGUGAUAAAAUGUGGAGGCUGGAGGUCCAGGGUUAGAAAAAAGGGUUCCAAAAAGGUUCUUUGGUUGUCUUACACCAAACUUGGCAUGAUCAUCAAUUUCACAGUAUUAUUCCAACUUCAUAGUGUGAAAAUCAAGUUUUUUAAAAUUGCACUGGGCCUUUAAACAACUUGACAGCAUUAUGAUACAAUAGUUUGUUUCUUUUCAUGUGAAAUAUGAUUGCAGAUUUUAUGAUUUAGGCCUACGAUUAGCUAGGUGUCGAGACAGAAUGUGUCUUACUGUAGUGUACAUGGUUAGAUAUCAACCCACUGAAUUAGAAUUGCUAACGUUAACAUGGGCGUUACUCGCCACCCAUCAUCUUGAUUGGUAAUCAGCAAUUACCCUUUUUAUCACUACCACUACAUCCCUGGUUACAUUUCUUUUUUAUCACUACCACUACAUCCCUGGUUACAUUUCUUUUUUAUCACUACCACUACAUCCCUGGUUACAUUUCUUUUUUAUCACUACCACUACAUCCCUGGUUACAUUUCUUUUUUAUCACUACCACUACAUCCCUGGUUACAUUUCUUUUUAUCACUACCACUACAUCCCUGGUUACAUUUCUUUUUAUCACUACCACUACAUCCCUGGUUACAUUUCUUUUUUAUCACUACCACUACAUCCCUGGUUACAUUUCUUUUUUAUCACUACCACUACAUCCCUGGUUACAUUUCUUUUUAUCACUACCACUACAUCCCUGGUUACAUUUCCUUUUUAUCACUACCACUACAUCCCUGGUUACAUUUCUUUUUAUCACUACCACUACAUCCCUGGUUACAUUUCUUUUUUAUCACUACCACUACAUCCCUGGUUACAUUUCUUU